AUGGCUAAACUAGUUGACAUAUACAACAGCGAAAAAGAUCCUGUAAUAAAAAGAAGGCAGUUACCGUUAACUAUUUACGAAAAUCUUACUAUGAUAAUGGACUUAAACACAAUGGGUUUGAUAUGUGACAAUCCGCAAGUGAAAGGGCGUGAGUAUGAAGAAUUCAUGCGCAAAUACAGGAUCCUUUCAACAGAAGAACUUAAAGCGGCCUUAAGGGUGGAUGCCUCAGAUAUAUUUAAUGUAUUAAAUCAAAGCAUUCCUUGUGUUGGCUGUCGAAGAAGUGUUGAACGACUUUUCUAUCAACUAUGUAAGUCAGGACAUGCAACAUUGGAUCCUUUAAUUCUAACGCCAGAUGAGACAAUGACAAUCCGAGAAGAUAAGAUAACACACUCACAGUCUCUAGCAACAUUGCUUAAUGGUCAUAGUACGGGCAUAGAAUGUUUAAUUCUAAGUCAACCACGUUGGAAAAAAUCACAGAGAUGUACACUGCACUCACUAGAGGCGGGUGGUGCUCGUGGGUGGGGCUCGGGAGCCGGUGGUGGUGCGACUAACGGUGCGUGUGGCGCGUGGAAUUCCUGGGUGGGGACUUGUGGAUGGGGUUGGGGUGCUUGGGGAUGGGGUGGCCGUGCAGCAUGGCGGACAGCUUGGGAUGCCAUGCGGACCUCUGCACGCGAACACGUGACCCUCGUUCACUUUAACACGUUACAUGACACGCUGCACAAUUACUUGCGGAAACAUCGCUUCUGCGCCGAUUGCAAGACAAAGGUACUAAGAGCAUAUCAAUUAUUAGUGGAAGAAAAGGAACCACAGAAAGAAAAAGGAUAUGUGGGGGCACUUUAUGGAGGCAUCAAAAGAUGUCUUUUGGACAAGCACCUCCACCUACAAGCAAAGACUGACUAUAUAGCACAUCUUAUAGCUAGAGCUGAGCCUGAGUUACUUGGAAAUCACAGGGAAAGACAUGCCAAAACACUUGAGAUUGCACAGGAAGAGGUAUUAAUUUGCCUUGGGAUAUGCAUCUAUGAACGGCUUCAACGCAUCUCGUUGAGGUUACGAGAAGAAGAAGGGACUUGUCAGACUUUAGCAGCAGUUGCUGUUGAGGCUAUUUAUCGAAAAUUCGAAACCGCAGUGGAAUUAAAGAGUGGAGUCUCCAAGUUACAACUUCUUUAUGAUGAAAUAACUCAGGAAGAGCUUACUCGACAACAAAGAAAGGAACAAAAGAAGUUGAAACGCCGCAAGAAGAAAGAAAGACAGGCUGUAGAGAACAAAUGCAAGGAAGCUGAUUCUGAAGAACCAGAAGAAAAAUGUCAAUGUGAAGAAUGUUUAUUAGAGGAACGUGACACACCAACGGAUUUGCUAUCGCCACAUGACUAUAAUCAAUGCUAUGAAACAAGUGGUGAUGGCUGCCAUUCAUGCCAGGAUGAUUAUACAAAACGCAAUUCACCUAAGAAAUCUGGUAAAAAGAGAAACAAAACCGACAAUCUUUCUCCCAAUGAACAUUCCCAUGACUGUGGCUACUCUUCUGGUAACAAUGGUGGUUGCUGUGACACUAUGUCAGGCUCAUCAUCACUUAUGAGUUCUCCUGAAGGCUCUGAAGUGGCAUGUUCUGAAGGGUUUUGUAACCACGAAAGAGGAGAUUGUUUAGAUAUAACUAAAAAUGAUAAGUCAUUAUGUACUGGUUUCACCCUUUCACUACAAGAAAUGCUGGACACCUGUACAUCAGAUGAAGAACAUGACACCAGUUACAUACCUAUCGAAGAGGUCUUAGAAUUCAAAUCACGAAGGAACAUAACUGAGAAAAGACAAGAGCUGAGGCAGAACUUACGUCAAAAAUUCGCUCAGCUUUGUGUGAAUCAGCCACAAAAUCGUAUUAUAUCCCAAAAGCAAGAU